UGACCAGCGUUUGGCCAGCAUUCGUAUCGCGGUGCGCUAAAGCCACUGGUCAUCGGCAGCUCUCCGGAAAGCUGCAUCAGCUGUUUAAAUACGCGACUCUCGUUAUAUUAAGCACGGUCAUUAAUCGAAUGGGGACUACUGAAUCAAUACAUGAAUCAUUUACCUACAUUUAAGGUGACGAGCUCUGGGUUUAUAUCUGCUGGAGAUUUGCGACAAAGGCACGAGAAUCGACCUUCAAGAUCCUAAAAGCAUUGAUUUUAAGGAAUUACUUUUCACUCCGAGACGAAGCGUUUGUUUUGACGUUCAGUACUUGAUUGUCACAAGGGAAAUUUUGGAGACCACAGAAUAUUUAAGACAGUCUGAUUUGCAGAUGACGGAUAUGCUGAACUUUCAGCUCCUCCGAGGUACUGUAUUAGAUAUUAAAUCUCUAGAUUAGAAGGUCGAAGAUGUGAUAAAACUAUUAUCAAAUAGUUUUCAAGUUGAACAGCUCUAUUUUUAUUAUGUAUACAUCCCCCACGUUGUAACCUCUCACCUGGAGUGACGAUGAUACGUUCUUCACCAACCAAAAUCGUCGAAACAUAUCACUGAAGGCGAAACACCGUGCUAUAUUGGGAUCUCGCAUUUUCCAAUUUGUGAAAUGUUAGCUAUGUCAGGUGAAUGCGUUUUCUCAAUGCAACAUGCAAUUAGUUGUGUACGAUAAUUCGUAGCUGAUGGAUUAAGUGUAAACAUUCCUCAUUGGUUUUCUUCUCAUUCCGAUCCUCAUACAGGACAAAAGAGGGACGUUAACGUUAUACAUUCGAUUUCCAAGAUCUUACAAUAUAAAGCAGCGAUUGUAAAGUUUUGCUCUUAAAUAUUACAGGGCGAGCGCUUUAAACAAGGAAAACAUAAAUGUAAUAUUUACGUAUCAGGUUUAAUCAUAUAUACACACAGGACAUCUACUCAUUGAACUGGAAAAGUUAUUUGGGAAAGCAACAGCUUUCGGUACCGGCAAACUGGAUUCGCUCCGCGAAACCAUUACGUCCCGUCUCUUCCCACGGUCUUCAUGUAGGCAAAGGCGAAGCAAACGUCCGCCCAAGAUGUCGGGAGAGGAGCAGGCGGGAAGAGCCGGUGCAACCGAUCGCAACGAGGAAUAUGAGAGGAUGGAAAAGUGGCUGGACGACCAUCCGGAAUUUACCCACGAUUAUUUUGCCAGGAAGGCCAAAAGAAGCAUGGUGGACGGGUGGUUGCUAGCUCAGGCUCUAUCGCAUAGUCCAGGAUUGAACUUCAAACAGCCAGAGACUAACAAUUCCAGUGGCUCUAAUUCUCGGAAUAAUUCUGGUACCAACACCCCCGUGAGGAAAAUUUCGGCACAAGAAUUUGACCGGGGUGAUACUUUAAAUCCGAUCGUGUCUACGGUGGAUGGCGCACGGACGUUUUUAGGACCAUCGACGUCACAAACGUCAGUGACAAACAAACUUCAUCGACGCCCUAGAACCGAACUAAAAACUUUAGACGAAAAAGAACUUAUGUAUGAAUUAGUAAUUGACAUUUGUAAUGAACUAGAUGUCAACAGUCUGUGUCAUAAAAUACUACAGAACGUGUGUAUUUUACUCAAUGCGGACAGGUGCUCUCUGUUUCUUGUUCAUGGACGAGGGGGUGAGGAACGAUUUUUGGAGGCCAAACUUUUUGAUGUUUGUGCUGAUACAACUUUGGAAGAAGUCGGCGAGAACAGGGAGGCGAUAAGAAUCCCCUGGGGAACGGGAAUCAUAGGUCAUGUGGCUCAGACGGGAGAUCUUUUGAAUAUUCCAGAUGCAUAUAAGGAUCCUCGCUUUAAUAAUGAAAUUGACUUACAAAUGGGUUAUAGGACUCGUAGCAUUUUGAGUACACCAAUCAAGGACUCCGAAGGAGUAGUGAUAGGAGUGGCUCAGGCUAUCAACAGGAUUAACAGCAAAGAUGAACCGUUUAAUUCUCACGAUGAAAGGAUAUUUUCCAAUUACAUGGCAUUCUGUGGAAUUGGAUUGAAAAAUGCUCAAUUGUACGAGAAAUCAUUGCUGGAAAAUAGACGAAAUCAGGUGCUCUUAGACUUAGCGAGGGUAAUCUUUGAAGAACAGAACAAUGUGGCAGACUUGAUCUACAAGAUAAUGAUGCAUACCCAGUCCCUACUUCAGUGUCAGAGGUGCCAGGUCAUGCUCAUUGAUGACCUCUGCAAGAAAAAUAUCAAACACUGCCCGCUUGGCAUGGGGAUUUUUUCACAAGUCUUUGAUUUGGAGAACACCGAUUUUGACAACAGUGACACCUUUAAUAGAGAAUGGCCUGCAGAACCUAGAUUUCCCAUCCAUAUCGGAAUAUCUGGUUAUGUUGCUGCAACAGGAAAGACCUUGAAUAUUGCUAAUGCCUACGAAGAUAACAGAUUUGACCCUACAGUGGAUAUUGAUCCCAACUUCAAGACAAAGGCCAUCUUGUGUAUGCCAAUCAAGAAUGCGCAUGGAAAAGUAAUUGGUGUCACUCAAUUGAUCAACAAGCUGGAUGGCUCAAUCUUCAAAAAGAACGACGAAAAUCUGUUUGAGGCUUUUGCCAUAUUCUGUGGUCUAGGAAUCAACAACACACAAAUGUAUGAAACGGUGAUGAAAGCCAUGGCGAAGCAGCGUAUCUCGUUGGAGUGUCUUUCCUACCAUGCUUCUGCGCCGGCUGAUGAAGCCCGUAGACUCAAGACUAUGGUUAUCCCUUCUACGUAUGCCUACAAUCUGUUAGACUUCAGCUUUAGUGACUUUGGACUGGAUGAUGAUGACACUUUGAAAGCCAGCAUCAGGAUGUUCAUAGAUCUCAAUUUACUGGAAAGGUUCAGGAUCAGCUAUGAGACAGUCUGUCGCUGGAUGCUGAGCGUAAAGAAAAAUUAUCGAGAUGUGACCUACCACAACUGGAGGCAUGCCUUUAAUGUUGCACAAACCAUGUUUUGCAUGUUAAAAUCCGGUCAGAUGGAUAACAUACUCACAGAAACCGAGAAGCUGGCUCUAAUUAUUGCCUGUCUCUGUCAUGAUCUGGAUCAUCGGGGAACCAACAAUCAAUUCCAGAUCAAAACCUCCUCCCCGCUGGCAGACCUUUACUCUACCUCCACUUUAGAACACCAUCACUUUGAUCAGUGCAUUAUGAUUCUCAGUACCAAGGGCAACGACAUUCUUUGUAACAUCAAACAGAAUGAGUAUGAAGAAAUCAUACAGAUUUUAGAGAAUGCCAUAUUGGCCACAGAUCUGGCUCUCUACUUCAAGUUUAGGGGUGAAUUCUUUAACUUGGUAAAGAGCAGCGAAACGGACUGGAAUCGAGAGCGAGACAGAGAUUUGCUGAGAUCUAUGAUGAUGACAGCAUCUGAUGUGUCUGCCAUUACUAAGCCUUGGGAAGUGCAGUUGAAGGAUUUCUCAGAGAUGGUUGCUGAUCUCAUAGCCAGUGAAUUCUUUGAACAAGGGGACUUGGAGAAAACACAACUGAAUAUCAAACCUGCAGAAAUGAUGGACAGAGAUAAAAAAGACCAUCUUCCCGACAUGCAAGUGGGAUUCAUUGACUCCAUCUGUUUGCCUGUGUACCAAGCCAUUGCGGAGAUUUCACCCAGAUUGGAGCCUUUGUUGGAUGGCUGUAAAAAGAAUCGUCAGAACUGGCAGUAUAUGUCGCAGCAAAAUAGCAAGCACGUUGUGGAUGAAUGCAAAAAAGAGAAUGAAAGCAAGGAUGACAACCUCCAAGAAAGUGAAAGCAAUGAGGAUGAGGCAAUGGAUAAUGAAAGUAAGGAUGACAACAACCUUCAACCUAUGGACACUGAAAGUGGUGAAGAUGCAGAAGACAUUGCAGUUAGCUAAUGAAUGCAUGCUCUUUUAACCAUUUUAGAUUAUUUCAAAUCUUUUUCAAAAGUCCCUGAGUGUUACUCAAUCUGUCUCAGAUGACCCUGGUCGCGUCUCAGGGUUUGACUAAGUGAAGUAUUUUAGGAUCUCCGUGGUGGGUUAUAUGAGACAGAAUGAAGAAUUGCUUAUUUAUAUGCAGUACGUUGCAUGUUAUUUGACCAAUCCAUUAAAUUAGUCAUUGUGAUAUUUGCUUUUUCUGUGCUAAUUUAUUGCAUCGACCAUUGCUGUAUUUGUAUCUUUGUGGAAAAAAACCAAAAACCCUUCAUGCUGUACAUGGUAUUUACGUUUUCAAUGUCUUUGCCUUUGAUAUCUUUAUAAAUUGUAAUGAUAGCCAUUUCCUCAAGAAGGUUUUUCAGUUGUGAACCAUGCCGACAUGAAUCUUGAUAAAUAUAGUAGCUAUUUGAAUGGCUGGGAAUUCUGACCGAAAGAAAAGUAGAAUGUAUAAAUAUUAGAAAUGAAUUUUAUGUUUCAAAAUACAUAAGGGUUUGAACUGCAAUGCUUCUGACAUGCAGGCCUAGUUUUCUUGAAAUACUAAUGCAUGUACCCUCAUGUGUAUUUUCAAAAUUGAAAUUUAUUUCUUAAUUGUCCUAUCACUUAAAUGAGGAUGGUUAAUUGAGCUUGAGGACUAUAAACAUAUAACAAUGAAUGAACAAUAAUGUGUGAAUGUGUUUCUCUCUCUCUCUCUCUCUCUCUCUCUCUCUCAUUACCCACUCUCUUAUGUUGAACAAGACACAAAGGGUGUUGUCACCUUCAAAAACUUGAUAUAAAAAGUAGAUUUCAAAAUUGAUAUAUUAAACUAAUUAUUAUUUUUUGAUUGUAAAUACUAUAGAUUUCUUAAAUAGGAAAAAUUUAUUUAUGCUUAUUUUUGCAAAAUAUAUACAGUAGAGCCCUGUUAAUGUGAUGUAUUGUUUUCCCCUGCUAUUUCAUCACAUUAAGCAGAUCAUCACCACAGAUAAUUGAAGGUUUUCUUGUACAGACAUUACAAGGCAUGUACAUCUUCUAUGAUUUUAUAAAAUGAAAAGUUACGUAUUUGGUAUUCUUAUGCAGUUGAUGCCUAAAUAAAAAGUAAUGCAAAAAAAAAAAAACAACAGCUGCUCAGUUAAUCGGGGUACACAACAUAUAAACUUAAUUGUAUGUGAUUGUAACUGUUUAUUGAACAAUGCAUAAGAUUCAGGUAGUUUUGUGUCUCAGUGAAUUGGAGUGUUUACUUCAAUGGAAAAUGCAAGUUCUGCUUGUCCAUUCAUGUGCACAACAGGUGAUUAAAUACUUUACACAUCCAAGGAAUCAGUCCUACUGCAAAGUAGAGGUGUGGAAAAAAAAAACCAAAAUUGACAAGGUAACCUGGUGCAGGUAGCUUCAUGUUUCCCUGCAUUGAGACAUUACUAAUCCUAUUACUAUAUGCCCCUUCUGCGGAGUUUUGUAAGUUUUUUACACAAAAAAGUGGAUAGGAUUAUAAUGAGGAUAAAAAACUUUUGCAUCCCGAAGUGUUAUAUUGAGGUAAAUUUACAAUGAUUCAGAAAGAAAGGGUUUUGUGUUUUGCAAAAAAUAUCGCAAUAAACCAGAAAGUCACAUUAAACUAUGACCACAUUAAAAGGGUCCUACUGUAUCUGUUAUUAAUCCACAUGCUUUUAAUUUUUUGUUUUUAAAUUUUGAUUAGACAAUAUUAAAGAAAGAAUUUUUGCAAGUUUUUGUAAAAUGGGCUGAUUUAAGUUAAAAAGCUACCAUUUUGGGGGUUCUUUGAAAAGUUCACCAAUAUGGUAUUGAUGAUCUUAUUCAUUAGUUAUCAUGUAUAAUUUUGACAAUGUAUUGAUACAGAAUCAAUCAUACAAAAGAUACCUGCAGGCAAUAUGAGGAAUUUACAAUAAGCAGACAACCACAAGUAUGCAUAAUGAUUCCAUAUAACCAUAGUAUUUGUGCAGGGUAGGUGAACAUUGAAGCUUUAAAAAAGUGCAUCCGUUUUGAUAUUACAGUUUGUGUUCAGUGAAUGAAUGAAGACAUUACUGCCAUCAAGAUCUGUUAAUAAUUUGUAUUUAAUUAAAACUAAGAAAUAUGGUAUGCAGAAGGUGCCUUUUACAGUUUUUCUCAAGAUAUUUUUUAAAUGAUGGCAUGGUAUCUUACCCUGAGUAUAUUGUAUGUAUGUCAUUUUUAAACAGAAUUCCACCUCUAGAAUGUUAUUCUUAAUAGAGAUAUUUAGAACAUUAUUGGGUAUUAAGCUAUUAUGAAGUUUUGAACUAGUGUCAUCUGUUAUUAUAAAGUGUGAAGUCAAUAAAUUCCAAGACCAUAUUCACAUUUUAUAUCAUAUCAAUGCAUUUUUAAAUUAUAAGAUGAGCCCAGUGUAAAGAAAGUGACAAGAUGAACCCAGUUUUGUGAAAAUGGUAACUUGAACCCAGUUUUGAGAAAGUGGUAACUUGAACUCAGUUUUGAGAAAAUGGUAACUUGAACCCAGUUUUGAGAAAGUGGUAACUUGAACUCAGUUUUGAGAAAGUGAAAAGAUGAACCCUGCAGUUUUGAGAAAGUGGUAAGAUAUAUGAACCCAGAUUCUGAUGUGAUUCUGACCCAUAUGAUCUGAUGUGAUUCUGACCCAUAUGUUUCCAUUGCGGGUCAGAUUAAACAUGUUAAACUUAGCUUAAAAAAUUCAAGGCUGAGACAAAGGAUUGAUUGCUAUGAUUUUGUUUUAUUUCACUGAUAUAUAACUUGUUAUAAGCUUGCACACCUGUAUAAAAGGUUAUGGUACGCGAUCUUAUUUCAGCCAUUCAUGAAUGAAAAUACUUCAAAUUGUUGAAAUACAUUUACUAUACAUGUAAUAUAUGAACAUGUAGGAUCUUUUGGAGCAAAUUUUUUUAAUUUCUAUGUAUUUUAAAUUUUGUUUGAGGGAAGAACAAUUUUUAAUCAACUUUAAGACCUUUUUCAGAUGGAAUUGAACGUCACACUCGCCAUACCAUAUAUAAACGUAAGAUGGGUCUAGAUUUAGAUUUAUCUGCAGGUAUAUAUAGAAUGCUAAAUGUGUGGUAGUGAAAUUCAAAUAUAAAUGUAUGGAGGUAUAUAUGUUUGUCAUGUUGGCAUUCUACUUAAAAUCUCACUUACACUUUGAAAUUGAUAAAUCAUAGUUCAAAACCAGUCCCAGUUAAUUAUGGUACAGUAUAAAUAAAUAAAUUAUCCUUUUGUAUACAUGUACUUUAAGUUUGUAAACAUUACAACUGUAGCUUGUUGGUGUCUUGUGACUUUGAUUUUGUUGAGUUUUUAAAUUGAAGUGUUCAGGAUUGUAUAAAUGCAGUAAAGUUUUAGAUUUAAGGAACCAUGUCCCCCAAAUAAGAUGGAGAACUCUAUCACUGUAAUAACAUAAAUUGAUCAGGUACAGGAAUGAUGUAAUGAAGUCUAUUGAUUGCAGUUUUAACAUUUUUGUAAGGAAAAUUAACUAUGAUUAAAGGCAAAUCACAUUAUAUAUAUAUAGUGUACAAAGGGGCAGCAUAGCUAUCGAUGAGAAGUUUUGAACAAAUAAAGUGGAUUUCUCUAGAGUCCCAAAAAUGCAAAAAAGGUCAUUUUUAAAAAUAUUUUUUCAUUACAAACACAAGGGUAUAUACAUUUAUAUACUAUCCCUAUAAAUUGUCAAUAGAAAAUAACAUAUUUUUUCCCUUUGUUAUGUACAAGUGUGUAGCAUAGAAUGUUUUUUGUGUUACUGUUUGUUUUGGCAGCAAAUGUUAAUGUUGUAUGAUAACUUCUGCCUUAUGUCUAGGCAUUGUGAUUAUUUUCUGUGAUACAUCAUUUUUUUCUUACCCUCCCCAAAUAAACAAUCACAUAUAACUCUGA